CUACUUUGCGCCCGACACGACUAGGUGAAAUUCGCUGUCUCCCCAAUAACGCGUAAUAAAUGUCGAAGAGACGAGUAGCUUACUACUAUGAUGGCGAUACCGGUUCAUAUACAUACGGUCUCGGCCAUCCCAUGAAACCGCAUCGAAUGCGCGUCACACAUGAUCUUGUAUCAGCCUACGGAAUGCUCGAUAAAAUGCACGUUCUGCGUCCGAAACGUGCUACUCCCGAAGCCAUGACGGCUUUUCAUACGGACGAGUACAUAAAUUUUCUGAAUCGUGUAACGCCGGAGACCGCGGAAGAGUUAACUUAUCAUGGGACCUCGUUGUCUGCUGCACAACGGAUAUCUUCAGGAGCCGCGGAUAUCGCCAUUAACUGGGCAGGCGGUCUCCAUCACGCGAAGAAACGGGAGGCAUCAGGGUUCUGCUAUAUCAAUGACAUUGUACUCGGUAUCCUAGAACUCCUGAGGACAUACCCCCGUGUUCUGUACAUCGACAUCGACUGUCACCACGGAGAUGGCGUAGAGGAGGCAUUUUACACCACAGACCGCGUCAUGACCUGCUCAUUCCAUAAAUUUGGGGAAUAUUUCCCCGGUACGGGGACUCAGGAGGAUCGAGGAAGAGGAAAGGGGAGGAACUACACUGUGAAUAUCCCUUUGAAGGAUGGAAUCACGGACGAAGCUUUCAAGAGAGUGUUUGAACCGAUUAUAAACAGGAUCAUGGAAGUCUAUCGACCUGGCGCAGUCAUCCUACAAUGUGGAGCGGACUCUCUUGCGGGGGACAAACUCGGGUGCUUCAACUUGACUAUGAAUGGGCAUGCUCACUGCGUACAAUAUUUGCGCGCCUUCAACGUCCCACUCAUCCUCCUUGGAGGAGGAGGAUAUACAGUGAAGAACGUCGCUCGCACAUGGACCUACGAGACUGCAUGUGCCCUCGGCGUUCAGGACGACAUUGACCUCAAUCUACCCUGGAACGAGUAUUUUGAGUGGUUUGGCCCGCGUUACAGGCUUGAGGUGCCAGAGAACAAUAUGGAUGACCUGAAUCUACGAGAUGGGAGCUUGGACAAGGUACGGGCGACGGCGCUGCAACAGCUCUCACAAUUACCCUGUGCACCAAGUGUCGGGAUGCAUGAGGUGCCAAGGGAGAGUCUGGGGCGGCACCUUGGCCUGGAUGUUGCUGAAGAUGAAGCCGACGAAGACGGUGGCACUGACGAUCUAGACCGUCGGCUCGCUCAACACUCUCGUUUCGUGUACAAACUGCAGGAGCCAGGGGGAGGGUCCGAUGAAUCAGACGAUGAGCGGUACGACUCUGAUGGAUCUUCGUAUCGCCGGCGGAAGCGCAUGAGCAUCCUCUCGAACCGUGUUGUCAAUGUUGACCCUGAUAUCGGGAGGGGCCCACCACGGGGACGACGGUUCUUCAAGAGUGCCGUACGGUGGGAUGAGACGUAUGGUCGUGUGCGGUUGGGUAACGAGCCAGUGUUGGGUUCCAUGAAUGGGAGUCCGCUGGGAGUGAUGAUGGAAGCGGCUGGACGGAGUACUCCAGGUGGGGAUGUGACUAUGGAGGACUGGGAGGAUGGUACUUCUGUAUGACUUAGGGAUGUGGUGUACGUCCGCUUGUUGUUUCGGUAUUACCUGUGCGUGUGGAGACUGUUCAGAAAACAAACAGUUCUGUAGUAAGCUGCUUACUCUCACUAGGGGGAAUUUUCAAAAUGGUCCUUGGGUUUCACAAAACACUGAUAAGCAAUCCC